GCCCCCUUCAGGAAGGAGCCGCGGGACGCGCCAGUUGUCGAAGCUGACUCCUGAGGCAGAGGUGUAGGCGGAGACGUGGGCGGGGGCGGAGGCGGAGGCUGCCGAAGGCGGCGAAGGCGGCGGCUGCGGCGGUUUGAAAGCCGAGCGGAGCCGAGCCUAGCUGCCUGCAGCCUCUGGGGACACCCUUUCCCCUCCGGGGGAGGCCCGGGAAUAGCAGACAUACCAGAGCCUAUAUCCAGAGGAUUGCCUCCCUCAAAGUAGUCACUUUGGAGGCUCUAGUGAUGCGUCUGUUGCUAUAUACAUUUUUGAAAUGCCUCUUUUGGAAUUGCCUUUGUAACCUGUAGCAACGCCAAAAAUCUUUGUCCUUUGAGGGUGGAUUUUAUUUCUGGAAAGAUCCAAAAGUCAUUUGGAGCCAAGGCUGGUGAAUAAGAAGCUUAAGUGAAAAUGGUACAUGUUAGAAGAUAUGAAACAAGGAAUAAUUCUAAGACUCAAGUGCCGGCGUUGAAAUCACGGGUUGACUGGAGACGGACUAAACGAAAUAAUAUCUUACAGUUACUUGAUAGUGAUGAAGAGCUUGAUAGUGAUGAAAGUGUUGAUAGUGAUGAAGAGCUUGAUAGUGAUGAAAGUCAUGACAGUGAUGAAAGUCAUGACAGUGAUGAAAGUAUUGAUAGUAAUAAAAAGCUUGAUGAUAAAGAGCUUGACUUAACUAAUAAGGCAGAAAAUAACAAAGAACACAUAACUAAGAGUGGUGGCCUUUCAGAUCAUGAGGAAGAAAAAAAUGAAAAUAAAUGUAAGACCAUUAACACAGAUUAUGGAAAGGAUCUAAGUCAAGAACAUAUUGAUUCUAAACAACAGAGUGACCAAAUAGUUACAGAGGAGGAUGUAGAAGAAGAAGAGCACAUCACUCGAGGAAAGCGAAAAAGGGUAUCUUCUGUGAUGUAUGACAGUGAUGAUAGUGAUGACAGUGACAUUUUAGUUAGAAGAGUAGAUGUUAAGCGUCGUCGUAUAGUGGAGGAUGAUGACUGUUCUUCAGUGGAGGUGGAUCAAAAACCUCCUAAAUCUGAAAAAAGCUCAGCCAUUCGGAAACAGGAACAACUCCAGAAGCUGAAAGAGCUCUCAAAACAAAGAUCUCGUCAGAGACGCAAUAGUGGUAGAGAUUUUGAGGAUUCUGAAGAGGAAUCUUUACCUGAUAGUGAUCUUGAUGAUGAUGAAGAUGAUGAAGAAGAUGAUGAUGAUGAGGAAGGAGAUGAUUAUAUUAUUGAUGGGUUUGUAGUUCAAGAUGAGGAAGAAAGUCAAAACCAAUCAGGAGAAAAAAUGACUGCAUCACAGCUUCAAUUAGUGAAACGAAAUUCUCUUUAUUCUUUCAGUGACCACUACACUCACUUUGAAAGAGUUGUCAAGGCUUUUCUGAUCAAUGCUUUGGAUGAUACUUUUCUGGGAACAUUAUAUGAUGGCACAAGGCAAAAGUCAUAUGCACAAGACAUGUUAACAUCUCUUCAUUAUUUGGAUGGCCGCUUUGUUCAACCUCGCCUAGAAAAUUUAGUUUCCAGAAGUCGCUGGAAAGAGCAGUAUAAGGAACGAGUGGAAAAUUAUCCUAAUGUAAGUAUCCGUUGGAGAACUCCUGAAAAUUGUUCUUGCCAGGCCUGUGGACUCCACCGAUACUGUAAAUAUACAGUACAUUUGUCAGGAAAAUUGUACAAUGACAGGACCAUGGAAACAGAUGAUUUCAUGUCACAUGACAAACAGUUGGAAACCCAAAUCUGAACUCUUUAGUUCUUCUCAGCCAGUCAUCAGUAUGGCAAAGCCUGCAUUUCUCUGUCAUAUAAGGUAAUGUGUUUUUUCAUAACUCUUAUACACUGACUGACCAGGUUCCUAUGGGGAAUUUAUGCUGUGAAUACUGCUCAGAGGGUUCAUAGCAGGUAGUGAAUUCAAAAUUAGGCUUUAUUGAUUAACUAAAUAAAUUAUUGUAAAACUUCUGCCUUUCUCUAUGUUUUAUGCAUUACUUAUAUUGUCUAAUUAACUUAUUUGAUAAAUUAUCAUACAAGUCAAUAGACAACCAUAUAACAUGUGCCUUUCCCAGUAAAACAUAGUAUAUCAUUCAUGGGAACAGGAUUUUCCCAACCGUGUAUUUGAGGAAUUAAAAAUACCUCUUCACAUCAUGUUUGUCGUGUUUAGCUAACCCUGGGUCUGUCCCAGAAAAGCUUCCCAUCUGUUUAAUCAUGGAGCCAGCUCACAGUGGUAGGUGAAAAACAGACAGAGGAUAGGGGUUAAUAUCAGCUCUUAACAGGAUGGGGUUUGGACCUAGAGAGAAAGCAGAACAGCUGUGGAAAAUUGCCUAGACAUCCAUUUCUAGGAUUAUCUGAUAUGGGAUAGACUAAGCAGGACCAUCAGUUUUAUUGAGGCUCCUCUGAAGAUCCCGUAAUCCAUAACUCAAGAAAACCAAGGUUCCCUCACUUUUAUGCCAGAGGAUAUUCAUGGUCUAAAUGUCCUAAGAUCAGGCUUUAUCUGCUGAAAGGUAAUACCUGCCAUUAGGAAAUAGGAGCCAGGUUUAGGAUAAGCCAGAUGCUGCAGUCCUGAGCAUUUUUCUUCUUCAUUGACAGAAAAAGAUCCUUCUGUAGUGGCCCAUGGACUUAAAGUCUCUGGACUUAAAACUAAUAGGGCUGGCUAAAAAAUCAGAUAUGAUUCAUUGAGCACUUGAAAGAUCUACCAUAAACUUCCCAGUUCUUCUUGAGAAUCUACAAAUCAAGGACUCAUUGGAUUAACAAUGAGUCUGUUUUAAAAAUGAAAAAUAAGCCUAUAGUUUAUUAUGGAUUGCUUGAGUUGCUCCUUCAUAAAACAAAGCCCACUAUGACUCGACUUAACCUUAUUUUCCAAGGAGAGCCUAGAGUGGUAUGACAGUGAAAUCAGGGAGGAGCAGAAAACUUACUUCUUUAACACAUUUGAGAAGAUGCCCUCUCUCCUACAUCUCUCAGAUGCCUUAGGGAGCUGAGGUUUCACAAGUGACUGCCAGGGUCAGAUAUGCCUGAAAAAUGCAGUAUCUUUGAAAAGACAAUUUGAUGGGCUCAAGUGUACUCAAGGAAAAGAAGUGAGUCUGUCAAGUAGUAAGAGUUGAAGACAACUAAAUAUGGAACAUUUUAAACAAAGGACGGGAAGAAAGCCUUUAGCACACAGGAUAUAGAGAAUUUGUGAUAAAAUAUGGACAAGAGUCACAUAGGAUGAAAAGGCAGAGUCUGUGGUCUAUAUUAGUGUGGGCAGUACCCACCUCAAUGAAACCAGAGAUCCUUAAAAUAGAAUAUCAUAGUUUAUAGGAAACACUAAUUGAUUAGUGUUAGAUUAUUCAGAUUUGUAACUUUUUUUACUCAUUUUUAGCAUAUUAGUAGCGCUAGCUAAUUUUAAUUUCUAUCUAAAUUUUUAAAUAACUGCUUUCUUGAACCCAGGUCU